UUACACAGUUCCUCAGGAACAUCGCCAACUAGCAGCAGCAGCAGGAGCAGCAGCCCGGGCAUCUCAUAAGAGAAUUUUAAUACAGCUUUCCGGCGCGCAGAGGAAGGUGCACCGAAAACAUUCAAUCAACUGGAUACUAACUAAGAAACAGAGAGGUUUUAUCCGGAACUGUGAAAAACGGCGUUCAUUUAUAAGCUGCUGUCCACUUAAGUCUGAACGUGUCAACCACACAGCUCAAGUGUCGGGAUGACCUGCACUACUGUGACCUGGCUCCUUGUCCUUGUCCUCAUGCUGUUGUGCAUCAGAGACUCAGCUUCCCUCUUCCUGCCAGACUCCAACGAGCUCAGAAAGCUACUGAGCCGCUAUGAAGAGGAAUCAGACCAGAAAGGCACCAGCAACACAGCUGGUAACAGGACCCGUAGAGCCAUCCUCUGGUCAGACCGUGAGGAGAUCCUUCAGCUGCACAACAAGCUGAGGGGUGGGGUUUACCCCACUGCUUCAAACAUGGAGUACAUGAUUUGGGAUGAUGAGUUGGAGCGAUCUGCCACUCAGUGGGCAGAGGAAUGUCAGUGGGACCAUGGACCUCAGGACCUGCUCAUGUCUAUUGGACAAAACCUAGCAGUUCACUGGGGCAGAUACCGCUCACCUGCCUUCCAUGUCCAGGCCUGGUACGAUGAAGUGAAAGACUACACCUAUCCCUACAGCCAUGAGUGUAAUCCCUGGUGUCCAGAACGGUGCUCUGGGCCAAUGUGCACCCAUUACACCCAGCUGGUCUGGGCAACUACUAACCGAGUGGGCUGCGCUGUGCACAUGUGCCCAAAGAUGAACGUGUGGGGAGAAAUAUGGGAGAACGCUGUUUACCUUGUGUGCAACUACUCCCCAAAGGGCAACUGGAUUGGAGAGGCCCCGUACCAGCACGGCCGCCCUUGUUCCCAGUGCCCCCCAAGCUAUGGAGGAGGAUGCAGAAAUAACCUGUGCCACAAAGACUCUCAGCACCCGGAGGCUGAAGACAUGAAUGAGGUGGAGAAGCCUCAGGUUCCACUGCCACCUCGUACCACUGCCAGACCUAAGCCUUUUGUUCCAAAGAAACCAGCGUCCAAACCCGUCACCCCCAAGAGCCCUAAUCCCAGGACAUCAUCUUCAAAAACUUCCAGCAACACCUAUCUUGCUCACAAUAUUAAGUGUGAGACGAGACUACGAGAUAAGUGCCGAGGUGCGACCUGUAACAGAUACAACUGUCCUGCUAACUGUGUGCAUAAGAAAGGAAAAGUUUGGGGAACUGUCACUUAUGAUGUGCAAUCAAGUAUUUGCCGAGCUGCUAUCCAUUAUGGUGUCAUUGACAACAGUGGAGGAGUGGUCGAAGUCACGAGAAUGGAUAAGCUUCCGUUCUUUGUCAAAUCCACAAAGAAUGGUAUUGAGUCUCUCAGUAAAUAUAAACAUGGAAAUGCCUUUAAGGUGGCCAAAGUGGAAGAAUUUACAGCUGAUUGUUACACUACAGUGGCUGAAAUCUGCCCUUAUAAAGGACCCAACUCACACUGUCCAAGAGUCUUUUGCCCAGAGAACUGCAAUGCUCAACCUUCUUACUGGUCACCUGUUAUUGGAAACAACAUUUACACAGAUAACUCCAGCAUCUGUAAAACAGCCAUUCACGCAGGCGUGAUCAAACCAAAUGGCGGGAUCGUCGAUGUUCUGCCUCUGGACAAGAGAAAGAGCUACACAGGAGUCUUGAAAAAUGGCAUCCAAUCUGAAAGCAAGAGCAACACAGAGGGAGGAUCCUUCCGACUCUUUGCUGUGAGGCAGUGAGACUUUAGUUCAGAAAAUCUGAAGACCAACAGAGUCACCUCAGCUGCUCACGGAAAGAAGGAAGUGCCGACAGCUUUGAUGCCAUGGCUGUUUGUCUGUGCCACAUGAUUGGCAGACACUUCCCCCACUUAGUUAACAAACAGUAGUCACACAGUAAAUCAUCCAAUAAUAAAUAGAUAGGCCUUCAUGUUUCUUCAUCUUUUCUUAGACUUACAUAAUCUGUGAAUACAGAAUUUUUUAUAUAUAUAUUAUAUAUAAUUCAUUGAACAGUUGGUGCUGGAAGUUUGGAGUUAGACGUGUUUUACAGAAAGUAUUAUGUUUACAUUGACGUUCUUAUUACAUGUGCCAUUUGCUUUUCAUACACAGGAAUGUAUCCGGAUCACACUGUAUUUAAUCAUUGUGUACAGAAUAUAUUAUGUUUUGUUUGUUUUUAGAACUAUUAACAUGUUUUUACAUUUUUUAAACAAUUUUUAUAGCCCUCUUCUUCAUCAGCUUGAUAAGAUUUGCUUUUCUAAUUCUUAGCAGUGAAGUCCAAGUUUAGCGAUGUGCUCACUGCGAGCGAAGAUGUUUUGGUGGUUUGGUAGAAAUUUUAAGGCAGAUACCAGAUACUGCCAUGUAGAGGUGAUCAGCUGAAGAAGAGCUGGUGUGGGUGUUCAGAAGGGUGACAGUUUGUUUAUUUCUAAUAAAGGUCAGAAAUAUCCCAUUUUAUAUUUAUUAUUGCUUAGUGCUUUUUUCAUUUCUUUAUUUCUCAUAAAUAUAUUCUAUGAAAAAGCACCCCCCCCCACCUACUUUCCACUUGAGACAGUUGAAUGUGUUGCAUGUUUCAGAUACAGAGAUUUUUUUUGUUUAAAGACUAGAUCACAUUGAGAAGAGUGUAAAGAUUUUCAAGAUUUACAUCACCAAACUGCACUUUGAAGUAACUGACACUGUGCAGAACACACAGGAGACAAGCAUAAUAUCUCUCACUGUAAUGGAUCAAUGCACGGUUUCAUUUGACCCAGUCCAAUUAAUAUGUUUGCUCUGUGCACGUCUUCAUUUAGCUCUGUGAAAUGAUUUCAUUGUGUCACUUAAAUGCACAGAAAAGAGGGCACGAUACUUAGUAGAAACCAAUGAAACACAAGUAAAGCCCAUUUUGUGUAGCAGGACUGCACUCCUGCUGAACACACCGAACAUUGUAGUCCCAUUUAGCCUGUUAUCCUACCUGCUGGUUUUCUUCUUUUCCAACUUCCUGUCUCUCUAUUCUACCUCAGUCCUGUCGCUGUGCUAAGCAUUUAGAUCUUUUCUACGUGGGAAAUUUUGUGGAAAAAUCAUAAAGGUUUUGUAAAGUCGUGGGUUCUGUAAAUACUAUGAUUUUUUGUUUUUGAAUCAUCUUUAUACAGUAAAAUUAUAAUUAGAUUAUAAUUGUGUGAAUUUGUUUCAGUUGUCUUGGCUGUAUUGUGUUUAUACAGAUGUAGGAUGCCAUCUACACUUUUUGCACAAUUUGAAAAUAAAG